CUUUCUUUCCUCUCACCUUUGUGAACAAGAAGAACAAAAAAACCUAGCAUGGCAUCUGAAAAACAAAACCGUGAAGAACUUGAGGAGAGAGCAAGGCAUGGUGAAACAGUUGUUCCUGGUGGAACAGGUGGAAAGAGCCUUGAAGCUCAACAACACCUUGCUGAAGGAAGGAGCCGUGGAGGGCAGACAAGGAAACAGCAGUUAGGGUCAGAAGGGUAUCAUGAGAUGGGAACAAAAGGAGGGCAGACAAGGAAGGAGCAGAUGGGGAGAGAAGGGUAUCAAGAAAUGGGACGCAAAGGAGGGCUGAGCACUAUGGAGAAAUCUGGUGAAGAACGUGCUGCAGAGGAAGGCAUUGAGAUUGAUGAGUCUAAGUUUAGGAAUGACUGAAAAAAAUGAACAUGCAUGCAUGUUUUUUAGUUGUGGUGUGUUUUGUUUUAGGUUUGAGAAAAGUGUGGUUUGAAAGUGUUGUUUGUUAGUGAUAAUAAAUAAGUGGGUGUUUGUUAUGUUAACUGCCAAUGGUUUCACCUUUGGCUUAUAUAAUAGGGGUGUUUUCUUAUGUAUAAGCUACAUGACUUUUUAACUAUAAGUUUUUUU